AUGGACCUGUCGGACCUGUCUCUGUCCGUGCCCCCCGGGGAGGACUUCUACGACGACCCCUGUUUCAGCACCAACGACAUGCACUUCUUUGAGGACUUGGACCCGCGGCUCGGCCUGCUGAAGCCGGACACCUCCUCCUCCUCCUCCUCCACCUCCUCCUCCGUCCUCCUCCACACCGAGGUAACGGACAGCGAGCACGUGCGCGCGCCCGGUGGCCCCCACCAGGGCCCCCGGUGCCUGCUGUGGGCCUGCAAGGCCUGCAAGAGGAAGACGAGCAGCGCGGACCGGCGGCGCGCGGCCACGAUGCGCGAGCGCCGGCGGCUCUGCAGGGUCAACGACGCCUUCGAGACCCUGAAGCGCUGCACGACGGCCGGCCAGAACCAGAACCAGAACCCGAGCCCGAGCCCGAACCAGCGGCUGCCCAAAGUGGAGAUCCUGCGGAACGCCAUCACCUACAUCGAGUCCCUGCAGGCGCUGCUGCGGAGCGGCCAGGAGCGCGACCUGUACCCGGAGCUGGAGCCCCGCGGGCCGGACUCCGCCGCGUCCAGCCCCCGCUCCAGCUGCUCGGACGGCCCGGCAGAUUUUAAUGGGCCGACACAACGUUGCAUCAUCAGCUCCUAUUUCUCGGAGGCGUCAAAUGGAGGUCUGAGGAGGGAGCGCAGUCCUGUGGUCUCCAGUCUGGACUGCCUGUCCAGCAUUGUGGAGAGGAUUUCCACUGACAGAACCGGUUCUCUGGGCAGCCGGGCACCAGAACCUGCUUUGAUCCCCUCCCCCACAGCCAGCCAGGACCCAAACCUCGUCUACCGGGUUCUAUAGAACU